AUGUCUGUCUCACCUCGAGUGCUCGUGGAGAAUUCCGGUCCGCGCCUUCUACGGGAAGUGUGGGCGCUCGCGGGUCUUGCGAUCUCCAUCAUCGCCUUGAGGAUACUUGCGAAAAUCAAGAUCCGCAAGUUUGGUUGCGAUGACAUCUUGAUGGUCUCAGCAUUGUGUUGUACUGUUGUCGGAUCGGCUUUUAUUACUGUUGGUGUGAAGCACGGAUUCGGCCAACAUGUUGGGGACAUUGAUAAGCCGGAUGUAUCCAAGGUCAUAAUGUAUGACUACCUGGCCCAGACCUUUGGAAUUGCUGGGGGGAGUUUGGGCCGCAUCGCUUUUAUCAUCUUCAUUGUGGGACUCCUCGGCACCAGGAGGCUAUACCGAGUCAUUCUCUGGAUUUUAGUCGUCCUGCAAGUUUUGACGAACGUGGUGUUGAUCAUGAUACUCUUCGUUCAAUGUCCUGGACAUGCCUCCGCCAUAUGGGCGCCAAGCGGUAAGGACAACUGCUGGGAUGUGCGCGUUCAAGCAUACUACGGGUAUUAUCAGGGGUCGUUCAAUUCGGCAACAGAUUUCUACCUCGCAAUAUUUUCAACGUGCAUAUUCUGGAAUCUUAAUUUGAAACUUCGUGUCAAGCUGGGCUUGGUAACACUACUUGGGUUGGGCAUUUUCGCAAUGGUAGCUUCUGUUAUAAAGGUAGUGCAAACCCGAAUAUUCGCACACCCAGAUGACGAUCCUACCGUUGCAACAGUGAGCUACGACCGCUGGCUCUUUAUCGAAGCAUACCUAGUCAUCAUCACUGCAUCAAUCCCUUGCGUCCGGUCCUUGCUGCGACCUUUCGAAGGACGGUCCACUGGCACUGGACGAAGUGCAUACGAGUUGAGCUCACCAUAUGCUGGCACUUCAUUGCCCAAUUCUCGGAGGAUGACACCCACCACUCCUGCGAAGGUGAUGAUGCGGAUCUCUGACGGUAAUGAUAGCACGGAUGAUAUUUUGGAUUGGUCCAAUCAUGACACCGGGGAACUACAUGAACCAACAGUCUCAAGCAAGUCGGUGCAUAGUUACGUUUAG